CACUCUUAUACUUUCCUUCCAUAAUCAGGACUAACAAUGCAAAAAUCUGAUUCCUUCCUUUUUAACUAAUACCCCAAAAAAUUCUUGAUUAGAAUUAUCCCAGCCUUUGGAUCUUCAUAAUCAACGGUACCAAAUAUUCACAAUACCUUUCUAUAAAUAUUCAUCAAUUCUUGCCCUAAUUCUCUUGCAUAACAGUUCUUAACCUCAACAAUGGACUCAACUCAAACACCAACGAACCAAACACCGCAGCGAAAAACAAGCAGAGGCCGACAAAAGAUCGAAAUCAAGAAAGUCGAAAAAGAAAACAGCCGUUACGUUACUUUUUCCAAACGCAAGAACGGAAUUUUCAAGAAAGCCACCGAACUUUCUACCCUAACCGGUGCCGAAGUAGCCGUUCUACUAUUUUCCGAGCACGGGAAAAUAUUUUCUUGCGGAAAUCCCGACGUGGAUACGGUUCUUGAUCGAUAUCUCGCCGAGUUUAAAGACGGGAAUGAUAUUAAUAUUGACGAAUCUUGUUUACUUGAACAACAUGGUGUUGUUACUCAGGCUACGGUGGAAGAACAUGAAUUCAAGCGAUCACUUGAUCGCUUGGAAGAGGUUCAAAGAGUUGCAAAGUCGAUUAUGAUCGGGAAUAAUAAUGAUGAUAAUAAUGAGGAAUUUUGGUGGGACGAUCCGAUUGAUAAUAUGAAUAAAGAUGAGCUUGAAGGGUUUAAAUCAUCGUUGGAGGAGUUGAAAAAGAAUGUAGUUGCGAGGACCGAUGUGAUGGCGGCGGAUAAUGCGGCGAGUGAGUCGAGGAUUAUCAGCCAUUUUAUUGAUCAGAACGGAGGUUGGAGUAGUGAUUUCUUUAAUUCUAAUAUUAAUGGAGUUGGGAGCGGAAUGUUCAUGUGAAAAGUAUGUAAUUAGGUCUUAAUGAUCAUGACUAUAGUUAGAAUUAAGGGUUUAAUUUCUUGCUAGUUGGUAUUCUAAUUACUAGAGUAGAAAUUUUGUUAGGCCUUUUGAUUAUAAUAGAGAAUGAGAAUCGAAUCUUGAACUCUCAUAUUGAAUUUUGGGAUACAUACAUAGGUCGAAUUAUAACGUCCUUACCACUAGUUUAUGAUGUGCGGAAACUUUUGUUGAACUUGA